UAAAUUAAGUUGGAAUCUAAAUUGCUUAAUCAUUCACACACGUAUACUUUAUUAAUUCAUUAACUUGAAGAAACUACGACCUUCCAACAUCCAUUUCCCCAUUUCUCGUCUUCUUCUCCAAUCCAAACCGUGGCCAUGGCGGAGCAUUUGGCUUCGAUAUUCGGCACAGAGAAGGACCGCGUGAACUGUCCAUUCUAUUUUAAGAUCGGCGCCUGUCGUCACGGUGACCGUUGCGCUCGACUCCACAAUCGCCCCACCAUCUCCCCAACUCUCUUAUUAUCCAACAUGUACCACCGCCCCGACAUGAUCACUCCAGGCGUCGAUGCCCAGGGCCAGCCUAUCGAGCCUCGUAAAAUCCAAGACCACUUUGAAGACUUUUACAAAGACAUCUUUGAAGAACUCAGCAAGUUCGGCGAGAUCGAGAGUCUUAAUGUCUGCGAUAAUCUAGCCGACCACAUGAUCGGAAAUGUUUAUGUCCAGUUCAAAGAGGAAGACCAAGCUGCCGUUGCUUUACAAGCUCUACAAGGAAGAUUUUAUUCCGGUCGUCCAAUUUUAGCCGAUUUCUCUCCCGUGACAGAUUUCCGUGAAGCCACGUGUCGGCAGUUCGAGGAGAAUAGCUGUAACCGGGGCGGUUAUUGUAAUUUUAUGCAUGUGAAACUGAUUGGGCGGGAUUUGAGGAGGAAGUUGUUUGGGAGGAACCGUGGAUAUCGAGUAAGUAGAAGCAGGAGCAGGAGUUUGAGUCCGCGUCACAGAAGAGAUAAGGAUUAUUAUGAUAGGCGUGAGAGGGAUAGAGAUCAUAGGGACCGUGACCGUGACCGUGGAAGACAUAAAUAUGAUAGAGACGGCAGAGACAGAGAUGAUAGAAACAGAAGACACUUUACGCCUAGAAGGAGCAGGAGUCCUAUUAGAGAGGGAAGUGAAGAGCGUAGAGCAAGAAUUGAACAAUGGAACCGAGAAAGGGAGGAGAACCUGUGACCUAGCUAGUGAGUCAUCACCAUGUCUCCCAGUUGCAAUCGUGCGGCACGGGUGGUGACAUUGGCAUUGGAGUUUUAUCCCGGGGCUAGCAGGGAGCUAGCGCACAGCCAGCCCGCGUGGGCGCCGGGGUUGCGGAGCAUGAUGGUAUGUUAGAAUCCCAAGUGCAAGGUAUGAGACUUGAAUCCCACAUUGGAAAGUAUGGGUAACUAGUGUAGGGUUUAUAUGGCCUUGGGCUCUCCCAUCUCAAUAGCUAACUUUUGAGGUGUGGUUCUUCUAAGAUUCGUAUAAGUAAACAAUGUUGUUUAAAUAUUAUUUUUAAUAUUUAUUUUAACAAUAAUUCGGUUUGACUCUCUGUUGACCUGGAUCGACCCUUUUAUUGGGUUAAUGCCCGGUCUAGGUUUGAAAACAUUGGUUCUAACUUGCAACAUGCAAGGUGAUAUAGGACCAUUUUUUGUUAUGGGUUUUAGAUAACCUCGAGUCCAUAGCUAAUUAGAUUGUCUUAGUUGAGCCAAAGAUGAAGCCAAGCCUCUUAUUUCUUUAUGAGCUUGUCUUAGCAAUCCUGAGCCAAGUUCAGUGAGGACCAUAUUUGGUUUGUUGAACCUUGAAUGUGACUCUUCUUUUUUGUUAUUUAGUGUUGUAGAACAUAGCACCAGAGUUAACCUUCUAAUGUGCAAUGGGUUUGUAAUGCAUAAUAAUUAGUGAGAUUGGCUUAGUGUCAGCUGUGCAUUCGUGUAAGAUGAAAAUAUUGGAUUUUUUGUAGCUACCAUUGCUUCAUUUUUUUUUCAUAAGAUUAUGUAAUUAUUGUUUAAAAAACUGUCUCGUGAGUCAAAACUAAUUUAAGACUUCACUUCAGUUUUGUUGUUUUCUGCUAUGCCAUUUAUAUAGGUGGCUUGGAAAAAUGUUAUACUGCUACAUUGUUUCUCUUCUCUCUCUUUUUUUUCUUUUACUAUUACUGGGAAUUAGUCUCAGUAGUCGAUGCUUAUAAUGUGACAUUCAGAUACUUGGGUCAGGUAGUAUCUUGAUAUUCCUUUUUUUGUUCAUUGGGUCUAAUCCAAUGCUUUAGUUGUGAAAGCCUCAAUGCAGUAUUCUUGUGACUGGAUAGAGUUGAUAUCAUAAUUUUUUUAUUUGAACAUGCAAUUAUGAGUU